UUUUUCAGUGGAAGACUCAAAACUUACAACAGACCUGAAACAAAAAUCAGUAAUGAGAUAGACCAGAUAUUUCAAAGAUCCAGUUUAAAUCAUCAUUACAUCAAGUCUCAUGCUGUCAACCUUAGGUCAAGUAAUGAUGGUUUAAAAACAGAUGUAUUGCUUAAAUUUCAGUUUACUUCUAACAAUGCAGACACAAUCAAAAGACAAGCUGAUAACAUUUUGCACCAGAAGUUAGAAUUAAAUGAAAGCUUCUUGAAGAUAGAUAAUUCAUCACCUUAUCUUAGAGAUAUGAAUAAAGUACAAGCAGAGCACAUUCUGAACAGCUGUUGCGGUUUAGGCAGGGAGUCCCCGUCCAUGGAAAGAAUUGCUGACGGUAGUGUUGCAAAGAAAGCUGACUGGCCUUGGCAAGCCAGCCUGCAGGUGGACGGCGUCCAUUUCUGUGGAGCAUCUUUGAUCAGUGAGGAGUGGCUCCUGACUGCUGCUCAUUGCUUUGACAUUUAUAAAAACCCCAAACUCUGGAUGGUUAGUUUUGGAACAACCCUAAGCCCUCCACUAAUGAGAAGAGAGGUGCAGUCGAUUAUCAUUCACGAAAACUAUGCUGCCCAUAAGCACGACGAUGACAUCGCUGUGGUGAAGCUCUCCACACCUGUCCUAUUUUCAGAAGACGUGCACAGAGUCUGCCUCCCAGAUGCUACUUUUGAAGCCUUACCAAAGAGUAAAGUGUUUGUCACUGGAUGGGGAGCAUUAAAAGCAAACGGUCCUUUUCCCAACACUCUGCGAGAAGUUGAAGUAGAGAUCAUAAGUAAUGAUAUAUGUAAUCGAGUUAGUGUAUACGGUGGUGCUGUAUCAUCAAGAAUGAUAUGUGCUGGAUUCUUAAGAGGAAAACUAGAUGCCUGUGAGGGUGAUUCUGGGGGACCUCUGGUUAUAGCACGUGAUAGAAACAUUUGGUAUCUUAUUGGAAUAGUUAGCUGGGGAAUGGACUGUGGAAAAGAAAACAAGCCUGGAGUUUAUACCAAAGUGACUGGUUACCGGGACUGGAUUAAAUCUAAAACUAACAUCUAACACAACCAACACCUCUAUAUCCAAAAUGUAAAUGCUGUGUGUGGUCCCUAGCAAACUGAUUUUAGUAUGUGCCCCUUACUGUCAUUAAGUUCAAGAUGCAAAUAAGGGUGACCUGACAACUCUCCCCACAAACUUGAGGAAAGCAGAAUUCCUUUCACGUCACCUGAAGUGUCUUGCCGAACAUGACGCAUACAAGAUACUGUCAACUCCACAAAGGUGUGCCACUGGUGCUAAGUGUCUCUGACUACCUCCUGGCCCACCUUUCUGCUCCUACUCUACAAUUCCCACUUUAGAAUAAUCCAGCAGUUUAAUCAGGUGAAUACCAGUUGGCUAGGUAUUCUUUACGUUUUUCAUGACAGAGCAUGCUGCCCUUCCCUGACUUCACAGUUUCUAUCUUCCUCAUUUAAUAACCCACAGUAAGAAUCUGUACGUCUACUGGGCCAGAAAACUCAAUGCUCAUGCAAAUGAUGGAGGGGCACUCCUGGAACCAGAUCUCAGAGGUGGCAUUACUGUGAAUCCCUCCUGCUUCACCCUCAGGUGUGCAUUUCACCUUUCCCGGAAACUUGAAAAAUCUGACAUUUACGUUUACACCCAACAGGGCAGAUUUUAAACUCUUCAAACAACUACAUUAAUGUUUACUUUGGAACAAUGACUAAGUCCUUGGAUCAGACAGCAAGAGAACUGGAAAUAUUGCCUGGUACAGGAUUUUGUUCUAAACUAUGAAAACAUGCCUUUUGACAGUUAGAAAAUAAAAGCAGUUCCUCAGCCUUUCACCAGGUGGGACAGAGAAGAGGCAAGGACCAUGAGAGAAAUUGCCUUCCAUAUCUAAAAAAUGGGAGAAGGUCCAAUUCUGGGGUAAAUCUACUUUUUGCUUCUGUUUAUUUCCUAAUGCAGUUUAUUUUAUAAAAUGUUUUAUUUUCAAUAAACUUCAGAAAAAAUAAGGGACCUGCAGAAUAAGAAACCAAUAUAAAUUACGCAUUCAUAAAUAACUUAUAUGAGAAGCUAAUAGAGAAUUAGAAAUUCACAGACAAUUUGAUAAGAGUUUGGGAAAGACUUUAUAAUAUUUAAAUUUACUAUUAAAAUGGUAUUCUUUGAAGAACUGUAUUUACAGAUAUAUUUAAACAAUAAAUCAUCUUUGGAAUGGUUUAAUUAUUGUAUAAAACCGACAUUUUCAUAUAUAACUGUAUGUUUUCGUGCACUGUACAUGACUAUGGACUAGUGUUUAUUAGCAAGACUCAAUUUUUUCCUGUGCAUCUAAACCUUUAUUUGCUCCCCCCCUUUUACAAUUCAUUUAGUUAAUGAAAUAACUGCCACGUUAAGACUUUUUUGUGUUUUAUACUGAGCCUCUCUUGCCCCCAUAAUAUUAUAUUGUAUGCUUUAAAAUAUAUUUAUAAGAAUAAAUGUAAACACAUUCUCUUGAA